UGUUCUCACCUGGUGUUUAACUCCCAUCUCUGGAAAAAUGACUUCGGCUCUGUCGGACCCGACCUUAGAAAGACAUUUUAAAGGUCACAGGGACACAGUGACCAGCGUGGACUUCAGCUGCAACAUGAAACAGAUCGCCACAGGUUCUCUGGACACCUGCGUGAUGAUCUGGAACAUGAAGCCACAGAUGCGAGCGUAUCGUUUCGAUGGACACAAAGACGCCGUCACCUCGGUUCAGUUUUCACCCUCUGGACAUCUGGUGGCCUCGGCCUCUCGAGACAAGACUGUGAGACUGUGGGUGCCCACCAUGAAGGCUGAUUCCUCCGCUUUCCGAGCUCACACUGCCACUGUGCGCAGUGUAAACUUUUCCGGUGACGGACAGACGCUGGUCACGGCUUCUGACGACAAGACCGUCAAAGUUUGGACCGUCCACAGGCAAAAGUUCCUCUUCUCCCUCAGCCAGCACAUCAACUGGGUCCGCUGUGCCAAGUUUUCUCCAGACGAUCGUUUAAUUGUGUCUUCCAGCGACGAUAAGACGAUAAAAUUGUGGGACAAAAACAGCAGAGAGUGCAUUCAUUCUUUCCAUGAUCAUACAGGUUAUUCAAACCAGGUGGACUUUCAUCCCAGUGGGACGUGCAUCGCCGCUGCUUGCACUGACCACUCUGUCAAGGUGUGGGACAUCAGAUCCCACAAGAUGCUGCAGCACUACCAAGGUAAAGAGGGUACAUUCAUGGUAGUUCAGGCAGUUUCUCCACUAUCAAUAUUAUCAAUCUGUGCAUCUUUUCUUCCAUUUUAUCCCUCGCCGACUGGUCCAGUCACCGGUGUGGCCUUCUCGAGGUCAGGAGAGCAUUUUUCCUCUGUUGGUGCCGAUGAACAGGUAAUGGUGUGGAAGAGCAACUUUGAUGUUUUUGAAAGCGAGAAUGGUGCCAGAACUGCUCCCAGCUCGCAGGGCCGGCCGGGCGGCUCCAGCAGGGCCCGCUCUGCUCUCAACACGGCUCCAUCUGUGCUCCAAAGCCAGAGCCCUGAACCGGCCGAGCACCUCGCCAGACCGGAGCAUCAAACCGCUGCCCACACUCACAACAACAGUCGUAGUAGAGCGACUCAUUCCCACGCCUCCAGGAAGCCCAGCAGCGGGUCCUCUUCCACCUCCCGGACGCAGACCCGGGGUCUCCAGCAGCCUCCGCACGGGGAGGGAACGCAGAGCCCGCCCCCAGACGCAGGGGUCUCGCCAGGCUUAGCCUCGACGCUGGAGCACAUCAUAGGUCAGCUGGAUAUUCUCACUCAGACAGUUUCGAUCCUGGAGCAGCGGCUGACGCUGACGGAGGACAAGCUCAAGGAGUGUCUGGAGACCCAGGUGGAGAUCGGCCUGCACCUGCAGAGGAGAGAACACGAGGCCUGA